AUGAGCCCCCUCCGGCGCUCUGAUUGCCGUACAAAGGGCGACCCUCCCCUAAUGAGGUCGCUAGCAAAUCCCGGCUACAGUGAAACAAGUUUUGAGGCGAUGUUUGCUCCGGGCGGACUCUGGUGGGCCGCCACUCCUCACUCCCGAGGAUACGAUUUUACGUUCAAGAUUACUAGGCGCGCAACGUGCGGUAUGCAAAUGUGCGAGUUGCGACGGAAGCGAUUGGCAAAGGCGGACAAAGCGGGCCCGUGUGUCAGUGGUAGGCAGGGCGCGCCAACCGCGCAGCCGCACCCAAAUGAGCGGCCAAUCGCGGCCCGCUUCCUUCGUAUG